AUGGCUGUAUCGACAUCUUCCACUACCUCUGAGCCCCAUGUGAACCUCCGUCACGAUGAGAUACCCAUUUCCACCGCCCGGCCGACACCUCGUGUCUUGAUCUUGCAGCACGUGUAUCCUCCGAAGAAGUCUUUCUGGAUGAACCUCCGAGGCAAGAGUGAAGAAUCAUUAUACAAGGCAUCUAUUUUGAGUCAUCAGACGUACGCCCGAGCAUGGGGACACGGGUACAUAUUAGAUCGGACUCGAUGGCUCGGGGCAGAUGACCCGCGAUCAAAACACUUGAGUAAGGUGUACACACUCCUCCACACUGUGAUUACAGAGCUGGGAAGGGAGGAACAAGGAGCUGAGUGGAUCAUGUUCGCGGAUGCCGAUACACUCAUUCUUGAUCCUUCCAUCUCCCUAUCUGAGUUCCUGCCUCAACCUCACAACCAUCCAUCGCCUAUCAUCCUUGCCAACGUCGAUCACCGAGGAUUCAACGCUGGCGUCAUGAUCUUCCGUGUCUCCCUCCGACUAGCUACUUUCCUUAUGGACAUGCUUGCAAAUGAAAUCGAGCUGUUUGAAUCGAUAGGAAUCCAUCCGUCGGAUAAACAUCUCUUCGGAUACACUCUACAGCAAGACAAGCAUAAGGACGUAGCUGAGGCUUCCGUGCAGAUUCCUCAGAGAUGGUUGAACGCGUAUCAUAUCGAGGGCGAUGGUCCAGCCUUACAUGUCCAUCUGGUCAAUCAGAGGAAAUGGGAAGAAGACUGGAAGAGGACGAUAAUAGGGAGGGCAGAUGAAGUCUAUGAGGAGGCGAGGAGGCAGAAGCUCGUCAUCAGCAGAGGAUCGAGUACUCGGGUUGGGCUAAGAGAUGCGCUCGUGCAAAUGAAUUCGUGGCGAGAAGCGAGGGAUGUGGCCAGAGAGUUUUGGCGGGAUCCGAAACGAGGUAUCGGGGGCAUCAUAUUCAAUGAGAUCUAG